AAGCGGCCGCGGCCGAGGCGGUUCCGGGGCGCUGACGUGGAGCGGCGGCCGCGGGGCCGGGCCCGGGCGAUGCUCACCAAGUUCGAGACCAAGUCGGCGCGGGUGAAAGGGCUCAGCUUCCACCCCAAGCGGCCCUGGAUCCUCACCAGCCUCCACAAUGGGGUCAUCCAGCUGUGGGACUAUCGCAUGUGCACCCUCAUCGACAAGUUCGACGAGCACGACGGACCCGUCCGAGGGAUUGAUUUCCACAAACAGCAGCCCCUGUUUGUGUCUGGAGGUGACGAUUACAAAAUAAAGGUCUGGAAUUACAAACUGCGCCGCUGCCUCUUCACGCUGCUGGGGCACCUGGAUUACAUCAGGACCACCUUCUUCCACCAUGAAUACCCCUGGAUCCUGAGUGCUUCGGAUGACCAGACCAUCCGGGUGUGGAACUGGCAGUCCAGGACCUGUGUCUGUGUCCUGACAGGGCACAACCACUACGUGAUGUGUGCCCAGUUCCACCCCUCGGAGGACCUGGUGGUGUCUGCCAGCCUGGACCAGACCGUGAGGGUUUGGGAUAUCUCUGGCCUGAGGAAGAAGAACCUGUCCCCUGGAGCCGUGGAGUCGGAUGUCAGGGGGAUCACGGGCGUGGAUCUGUUCGGGACGACGGACGCGGUGGUGAAGCACGUCCUGGAGGGCCACGACAGGGGGGUGAACUGGGCUGCCUUCCACCCCACCAUGCCCCUGAUCGUGUCGGGGGCCGACGACCGGCAGGUGAAGAUCUGGAGGAUGAACGAAUCCAAGGCCUGGGAGGUGGACACGUGCCGGGGCCACUACAACAACGUGUCGUGCGCCGUGUUCCACCCGCGGCAGGAGCUGAUCCUCAGCAACUCCGAGGACAAGAGCAUCCGGGUCUGGGACAUGUCCAAGCGGACGGGCGUCCAGACCUUCCGGCGCGACCACGAUCGCUUCUGGGUGCUGGCCGCUCAUCCCAACCUCAACCUCUUUGCUGCAGGCCACGACGGGGGCAUGAUCGUGUUCAAGCUGGAGCGGGAGCGCCCCGCCUACGCUGUGCACGGGAACGUGCUCUACUACGUCAAGGACCGCUUCCUCCGCCAGCUGGACUUCAACAGCUCCAAGGACGUGGCUGUCAUGCAGCUCAGAAGUGGUUCCAAGUUCCCCGUGUUCAACAUGUCCUACAACCCUGCCGAGAACGCCGUCCUGCUGUGCACUAGAGCCAGCAACCUGGAGAACAGCACCUACGACCUCUACACCAUUCCCAAGGAUGCUGACUCCCAAAAUCCGGAUGCUCCCGAAGGGAAGCGCUCCUCGGGGCUCACGGCCGUGUGGGUGGCGCGGAACCGCUUCGCCGUCCUCGACAGGAUGCACUCGAUCCUCAUCAAAAACCUGAAGAACGAGAUCACGAAGAAGGUGCAGGUGCCCAACUGUGACGAGAUUUUCUACGCCGGCACCGGGAACCUCCUGCUGCGCGACACCGACUCCAUCACCCUCUUCGACGUGCAGCAGAAACGGACUCUGGCCUCGGUGAAGAUCUCCAAGGUGAAGUACGUGAUCUGGUCGGCCGACAUGUCCCACGUGGCCCUGCUGGCCAAGCACGCCAUCAUGAUCUGCAACAGGAAGCUGGAGUCUCUCUGUAACAUCCACGAGAACAUCCGAGUCAAGAGCGGGGCCUGGGACGAGAGCGGGGUCUUCAUCUACACCACGAGCAACCACAUCAAAUACGCCGUGACCACGGGGGACCACGGGAUCAUCCGCACCCUGGACCUGCCCAUCUACGUGACGCGGGUGAAGGGGAACAACGUGUACUGCCUGGACAGGGAGUGCCGGCCCCGCGUCCUCACCAUCGACCCCACCGAGUUCAAGUUCAAGCUGGCCCUGAUCAACAGGAAGUACGACGAGGUGCUGCACAUGGUGAGGAAUGCCAAGCUGGUGGGCCAGUCCAUCAUUGCCUACCUGCAGAAGAAGGGCUACCCAGAGGUGGCCCUGCACUUUGUCAAGGACGAGAAGACCCGUUUCAGCCUGGCCCUGGAGUGUGGCAACAUCGAGAUUGCUCUGGAAGCAGCCAAGGCUCUGGAUGACAAGAACUGCUGGGAGAAGCUGGGAGAGGUGGCCUUGCUGCAGGGGAACCACCAGAUCGUGGAGAUGUGCUACCAGCGCACCAAGAACUUCGACAGGCUCUCCUUCCUCUACCUCAUCACGGGCAACCUGGAGAAGCUGAGGAAGAUGAUGAAGAUUGCCGAGAUCCGCAAGGACAUGAGUGGGCACUACCAGAACGCCUUGUACCUGGGGGACGUGGCAGAGAGAGUGAGGAUCCUGAAGAACUGUGGGCAGAAGUCCCUGGCCUAUCUCACAGCUGCCACUCACGGCCUGGAUGAGGAAGCUGAAAGCCUGAAGGAAACCUUUGAUCCUGAGAAGGAGACGAUCCCGGACAUCGAUCCCAACGCGAAGCUGCUGCAGCCUCCUGCUCCUGUCAUGCCUUUGGACACCAACUGGCCACUGCUGACUGUCUCCAAGGGCUUCUUCGAGGGGACAAUUGCCAGCAAAGGCAAAGGAGGUGCCUUGGCCGCCGACAUCGACAUCGACACCGUGGGCACCGAGGGCUGGGGAGAAGAUGCAGAGCUGCAGCUGGAUGAAGAUGGUUUUGUGGAUGCUGGAGAGGGCUUUGGAGAGGAAGGUCUGGGGAAAGGGCAGGAAGAAGGAGGCGGAUGGGAAGUGGAAGAAGAUUUGGAUCUUCCCCCUGAACUGGACGUUCCCGCUGGCCCAGCAGGAGCAGCAGAGGAUGGAUUCUUUGUGCCUCCCACCAAGGGCACCAGCCCAGCUCAGGUGUGGUGCAACAAUUCCCAGCUGCCUGUUGACCACAUCCUGGCAGGCUCCUUUGAGACAGCCAUGAGACUGCUCCAUGACCAGGUGGGAGUGACCAACUUUGGGCCCUACAAGCAGCUGUUCCUGCAGACCUUUGCCCGGGGCAGGACGACCUACCAGGCGCUGCCCAGCCUGCCGGCCAUGUACGGGUUCCCUCAUCGCAACUGGAAAGAAGCCGGCCUGAAAAACGCCCUCCCCGCCGUGGGGCUGAAGCUCAACGACCUGAUCCAGCGGCUGCAGCUCUGCUACCAGCUCACCACCGCCGGCAAGUUCGAGGAGGCCGUGGAGAAGUUCCGCUCCAUCCUGCUCAGCGUCCCCUUGCUGGUGGUGGACAACAAGCAGGAGAUCGCCGAGGCCCAGCAGCUCAUCGCCAUUUGCCGGGAAUACAUCGUGGGGCUCUCCAUGGAGAUCGAGCGGAAGAAGCUGCCCAAGGAGACCCUGGAGCAGCAGAAGCGGAUUUGUGAGAUGGCUGCCUACUUCACCCACUCCAACCUGCAGCCCGUGCACAUGAUCCUGGUGCUCCGAACCGCCCUCAACCUCUUCUUCAAGCUCAAGAACUUCAAGACCGCGGCGACCUUCGCCCGCAGGCUGCUGGAGCUGGGCCCCAAGCCCGAGGUGGCCCAGCAGACGCGCAAGAUCCUGUCGGCGUGCGAGAAGAACCCCGCGGACACCCACCAGCUCAACUAUGACAUGCACAACCCCUUCGACAUCUGCGCCGCCUCCUACAGACCCAUCUACCGCGGGAAACCCGUGGAGAAGUGUCCCCUCAGCGGGGCCUGCUACUGCCCCGAGUUCCGCGGGCAGAUCUGCCGCGUCACCACGGUGACGGAGAUCGGCAAGGACGUCCUCGGGCUGCGCAUCAGCCCUCUGCAGUUCCGCUAGGAAUUCCUGCCUGGGAGGGCAAAUUCCACUCCCCCAUCCCCACCUGGAGCCCCAUCUCUCCCCCAUAGCCUUGUCUGUGCUGUCCCACCUGAUCUCCCCCCCCAGGAAUGCUGUAGUGAGACUCUGCUUCCAAGUAGUAGCAGCUUUUCCUUGUUUCCAGCUGAUGUGAUGUUUUUCUGGACCGUUGUCCUGUGGCAAAUCUUUUCCAGGGGGGAAAGGGUGGCUCUGCCGAGCCCUGGUUACCACAGAGCACGUUGGAAACUGCUCCAGAGGCAGCAGCUGCCUCUGACACCCUUUAGGUCCUGAAAGAAUUGCUUGGAAGAGCCGGGAAUGGCUCUGGGAAUGUGGCACUGUCGGGAACCGGGAGGGUGCAAAGCCCAUCCCAACUCCAGGGCAGUUCUCCCCCCUUGGAAGUGGUGUUGGCUCAACAUUUGUGGUCCUGGUGACUCUUUGUUUUGUUGCCCUGGUAACAUUUCUCAAACUAAUCAGCUUCACUCAUGAAUAAAGUAAUUAAACCACCUUGA